CGCAUUUAUAAUGGAAAUCAACCAAAAUAUUGCGUCACCUGCGCUAUAUAAACGGAUGCUCAUUUCCACAAUCAUCAUUCAAAACUUCUAGUUCGAAACAGAACCUUCCAAAUCGAAAAAUACAAAUAAUCCAAAAUGGGCCCACAUUUCGAGCGAGAACACCGCGACUUCCCCUUCAAGGGACCUUUUGGUCCUCAGGACGAGAAGAAGAAACAUUCUGGCUGUCCGUUUUCUAGAAGCCAAAACUCCAGUGAACGUGGACCUCCACCAUUCAUGUUCGGACCAGGGUUUGGACCUAAGGAAUGGCACCAUGGCUCAGGACACCACGGACCAAAGGACUGCCAUCGAGGACCAUCAAAGGACUGUCACAAGGGAUGGUUCCAUCAUGGACCUAAGCACGAAGACGGACCUUCGCCUCAUCAUUUCUUUGGACAUCAUGGUUUUAGGCAUGGCCGUGAAGAAAGACAUCAUCACGACUGGAGAGGAUCUAGCAGUGAGCAUUAUGGACCCCCAAGGCAUUGGUUCGGACGUAGAGGACCUUCAGAAUCGGAAGAACGUCCUAAAGGACCCUGGGGUAAGCCUUGGGGACCUUGGGCGGCCGCUUGGGGAUCCGACCAAAAGCCUUAAGUACCAAUACUCGGCCAAAGAAGAAAGUUCUUUGUUAUUAUGUGCAUAAAGGUCCUUUUUAUUAUUCAUCUCUGAGAUUUUAUUAUGUGUUACUUUAGGCAUUUUUGUAUUAUUCGUAAAUGCAUAAACGUAAGUGAUUUAUAUAGUGAGAUUUAUAAUAAGUUAUAUGGUACAGGAAUUGUGACUUAGUGUUUUAAGUAUUACAAUUUAUUUUUGAUUGAUUUGUUAUUUAAUCAAAUGUUGUAUUUCAUAUUAUUUAAAUAUUAAUAAACUUAUACGCGACUAUAAAUUGUAUUUUC